AAACCAACAGAACUCCACCACUUCUUAUUCCCUUGCCUCUCACAAGAAAAAAAAAAUCAAAAAACAAAAAAGAGGAGAGGGCCAAAAAGUGUUCCUUGAUCGGCUGGUGAGUCUUUGCCGGCCGGAGCUCGGAAGACGCAACAAAACAAAAUGAUCAUCGAGGAGAAGCAGGUGGCAACAAGCGAGGCUCUGUCGGAGAGCGAGGAUGAAUUGGAAAACGUGGUGGACGCGCGGUCCCGGAGCAAAUCCCUGAUCGAGUUCCGGUUCAGGGUGGAGGAAGCCAUCAACGGCAACUACCUGUUCACCAGCAAGGCGGACGGGGAGGCGGAGGAGGCCCGGCUGUGGGGGGUGCCGCUGCUGCCGAGCCAGGGCCACGAGGGCACGGACGCCGUCCUCAACAAGUUCCUCAAGGCCAAGCGCUACAAGGUGCACGAGGCCUUCACCGCCCUGCGCAAGACGCUGCGGUGGCGCGCCGACUUCCGCCCCGCCGACGAGCUGGCCCCGCCCCAGGACAACGUGUGGUUCACGAGCGGCGCCGACAAGGAGGGGCGGCCCCUCUGCUACAACGUCCUCGGCAAGGAGUAUCAGAAGAAUCUGGUGAGCCUGGGCGAUCAGAGCUACCAGGAUUAUCUGAGGUGGAGGCUGCUCUGCGUCGAGGAAGGCAUCCGCCAUCUCAAUUUCAGGCCCGGCGGCGUCGACUCCGUCGUGCAGAUCCUUGACAUGAGGCACGCCGGCGGCCCCACCACCAAGGAGAUGAAGCUCAUCGGCAAGAAGAUGAUCACAUUGCUCCAUGAUCAUUAUCCCGGCAUCGUCCACAAGAAUCUGAUCAUCAAUGUGCCAUCGUGGUUUCUGACUCUGAACGCUUUGAAUCUGCGGAUGCUGGGCAAGAGGAGCAAGAACAAGUUCAUAUUUGUGAAGCCAUCAAGAGUUACAGAGACCCUUCUCAAGUACGCCACCAUAGAGAACAUACUGGUUCAAUAUGGGGGGCUUAGGAGAGAGAACGACACAGAAUUCACAUCAGAAGACAAAGUUCUUGAAGCUUAUAUCAGAGCAAAUGGGACUGAACUCAUACAGAUACCUGUGGAGGCAGGGGUGAGUUUAACGUGGGACAUAACUGUGAUCGGAUACGAUGUGACAUACAGAGAAGAAUUCGUACCAGACGACGAGUGCUCGUACAAGAUUCUGCUGCAGGAGAAGAGAAUGGGAGAGAGCAUCCGGAAUUCGUUCUACAUCAGAGAGCCAGGGAAGAUUGUGAUAAGCAUACUCAAUGCUUCAUACACAAGGAAGAAGGCUUUCUACAGGUACAAGACAAGGCAAAGUCUGCCCAUCUAUAGGAUCUACAAUUAAUUCCCCAUUCAUAUUAGGCUUUCUAGUAUUGCUAAACAAAGCAUUUGGCAAUAAUCUUGCUAAUUGUAUUUCAUUCAUUUUCGCCUCUUUUUUUUUUUCUUUUUCUUUUCCUUAUGGGUUUUGUGAGGCGGGAUAUCCGCUACUAGCUAGAGGUGUGCUGCAGGUAAACCUCCACAUGUACAUGUGUAAUAGCUAGUAUUAAUUAAUUUUGGCUUAUGCAUUCUAUGUAAUGUGAUUAAUGUAUUACUACUUUUUACUUCUCUCCAA